CCGCCCGGCAGCGGAAGGCGGCGGGGCCCGACCGACGGCACCUCCGGGGCGGUGCCGGAAGCGGCGGCGGCUGCGGAGGGGCUGCCAUGGUGUGCGACAAGUGCGAGAAGAAGCUUGGGACAGUGAUCAUUCCCGAUACAUGGAAAGAUGGUGCAAGAAACACUACAGAAAGCGGUGGUCGCAAAUUAAAUGAAAACAAGGCGUUGACCUCAAAGAAGGCAAGAUUUGAUCCUUAUGGAAAGAACAAAUUUGCAAUAUGUCGCAUUUGUAAGAGUUCUGUCCAUCAGCCAGGGUCCCACUAUUGUCAAGGAUGUGCCUAUAAAAAAGGCAUCUGCUCCAUGUGUGGCAAGAAGGUCUUGGAUACGAAGAACUACAAGCAAACUUCUGUCUAAUUGUACUGGCUAGUCUUUUUAUGAACUUUAGCUUCUGUGUCUUUGUACAGUAACUCUCUCUAAAAUCAUUUGUGAAUAGUGCUUUCUGGAAGAUAGUACAUUUACUUGGAAUGAGAGGUAAAGACAGCCUGAUUAUUUGCCUAAAAUGUACAUAAUAUUGGAUUAUUGUUGGUUUAGCACUAAUAUUAGCUGGUAUUUAAAGGUAAUGGCUUUCAGCAACUGAUACAGUUCAACAGGAAUGAGAAGAUCCUGGUAGAUAGGUUGAAACUAUGUUACCAUGAGAACACAGAUCUUUGAGAUGAAUACUCUUUUUUUUUGCCUAUCACAAGUCUUCUGCUUAUCUUACGGUAAUGUUUUGUAGAUGUAUAAAAUAUGAGCUUGCAUCACCUCAUUAAAGUAUCUUCAUUUA